AUGCAGUCGUGCAGUUUGGCGCAGAGGCCACUCAGACUGCCAUGUUCGCUGCUUGGCCGCGUCGGAGUUCUUGAUUUUGGCCUCGAACUCAUCGAAAUCGGCCUCUCCGUCGGUGCUAGCAGCAAGGGCGCGGUUGUUGAGCGUCACGCGGUCAUCGACAAGCAUGAGCGUGUAAGUGAGGUUCACUCUUUCUCUGAGGUCGUCCUCCGGGUCCCUGAGGCACGGCAGCAGCAGGAUGGAGACGGAUUGUUUGAGCGCAGGGCACUCCCUGACGAUAUUGUCCAGCGCCUCAAUGCCCGCUGCACGCACAGUGGCAUUCUCCAGCAGCAGCCUAUUGUAAAUGUACCUCACGUACUCUUCAGGCGUUUCGGCCUUCGGUACGUUGUCGCCCAAGAACUUGAGCACCUUGGCGUUGAGAUCGGGGAACUCGCAAUCCUCGAUGAAUUCGCAGAGGUUCUUUAG